AAACAGCACUGUUGUCUGUCACUGCGAUCAGCUGCUGGCUGUUUAUUUCUUCUACCUGUCAUCGAGAAAAGUUACAAAACAGGGGACAUCAUGCUGAAAACUCUUCUCCAGAUAAUUCCAAAAACCAUUGAAAAUGAAGCGAAGAGAGCAGUGCACACUUCUACUGCUUUGUGCAAAGUUCAAGCGGGUCGAUAUCGCAUAACCCCAAAACGCGACAGGCCUCUUACUUAUGAAAUGGCUAAUGCCCCUCACCAUAUCGUCCAUCGUAAAUCAUGGAACUCCUGGAAUACAUCUACAAUUCUCGAUGGAAUACGACCCUCCCAAACGGCUGUGGAAGAUGUCUUCAUAAGAAAGUUCAUGAACGGAACAUGGCACGCCCUUGUUUGCUCUGAAGUAAUAAUCAAAAGGCAAUACAAUCACAUCCGUAUUGCUGCCAUCAUAAGACAAGGUAUUACCGCUCGCAAAAUGUACUUCCUCAUUGGCUACACCGAAGAGAUGCUGUCGAAUUGGUUACAAUGCCCUGUGACCCUUGAAAUACAAACCGUCGCUGAUAGGAGAGACGUUGUAUUUAAAUACAUCUAAGCUAAGUACAUAAAUAAAAACGAUUAUAAGAAAUCAA